AUGGUUACCUCCAGGUUUGAACGACGACGUGCCUUGGCCGUAUUCUUUGUUACUUUGGGAACAGCUGUUGGAGGUAUUAUCUAUCCUAUCAUCUUUACCAAUCUCCAGCCAAAGAUUGGAUUCGCGUGGACUACACGUGUUCUCGGUUUUGUCACCCUUGCUGAGCUUACUGGAGCAUUGGCAAUCAUGCUACCGGCCACCAAGGGCAAGCUUUCACACAAAAUUGCAUACUGGGUUCCCUUCUUCUUGCUUCCACUCUAUGCACAAUUCAAAGCUGGUGCAAGCUCCAAACUCUCCUUCUAUGUCUUGGUCAUUUGCAAUGCCUCGACUAUACCUGGUCGGUUUCUGGCGGUUCCCAUGUCUAACAGAUUUGGCCCAUCGAUAACCAUGGCUGGAUUUACAUUUAUAUCUAGUAUCCUGUUCUUCGGAUGGAUCGGCGUUGACACAGUUCCCUCCACCAUCACAUGGGCUGUACUCAUUGCUCUGUUCAUGGGACCUCUUUCAGUCAUCUACCCGAUCCUCAUUCCUCAUCUCUCGCCCAACCCGGAACUUGUCGGUACGCGAAUGGGAAUAUCAUCUGCGGCGGCUGCGCUUGGGACUUUGAUUGGGUUUCCAGUCACAUCUGCCUUAAACGAUAUCGAAGCUGGAAGUUUCUGGAAGAGCCAAGUCUUCAAUGGCUGUUGUAUGCUAGGAGGAUCUAUGCUAAUGAUUUAUGUCCACUUCAAGACGACCAAAUCACAUUGA